CUGUCUGCCUUUGGAAACUUUCAAGUCAACGCCUUCACUUUUUCUCCACACUGCAAUGGCUUUGCAGUUCCCUUCUCCUUCUUCCUCCAACCAACCAUGGCGGCUGCCGGAAACCCUCCUCCUCCUCCUGCUCCUUUCCGCCGGAGUAACCUCCAGAGAACUUUUGAAGAAUUCAGAUUUUGAAUCUCCGCCGUCAAACCUGCCGGAGAAUUCAAACAAAACAUCAGUGAAACUGAACGAAAACAGCACAAUUCCAGGAUGGACAUUUCAGGGGACGGGCGAGUACAUAACAGUAAGCCAAAACAUUUCAUUGCCAGAAAAAGGACAUGCUAUUUUGUUGGGUGAAGAUGGAAGAAUCAACCAGACCUUCAUAGCCGAUGUAGACUUUUUGAAUUACCUGCUGACCUUCGCACUGGCUCCUGGCGGUCAGAAUUGUUCAUCUACAGCUCCAUUGCUAGUCUCUGCUCCAGAUAGUGAUGCGAUGUUUACCUUUAGCCAGCAUUAUGGGAAGGAGCCAUGGGAGGUCCAUGGCGUUUUUCUGGGUAGCUGGGGAGAUGAAGAGCCUGUAAACCUGCAAAUUGGAAGCCAAGCUAAUGACUCUACUCCAGCCUGUUGGCCUGUAAUUGACUCACUUCAUAUCAAGACAAUGGGUAUAGUGAUGCCAGAUAGUGGAAACUUAGUAGUCAAUGGAGGAUUCGAAUUCGGCCCGGAUUUUCUCGAAAGCGUGGAAGGAGGAGUUCUACUGGAUUCAGUUCCUACUCCUCUCUUUUCACCACUAGCACAGUGGGCUAUAAUGGGGACAGUCAGAUACAUAAAUUCAAAACACUUCUUUGUUCCACAAGGUAAUGCUGCAGUAGAGCUGAUAUCUGGAGCUUCAUCAGGAGUUCAAGCAGCAGUGAAACUCCAGGCAGGUUCAUAUACCUUGAAUUUCACGCUUGGCGACGCUAACGAUUCAUGCGAAGCUAAAUUUCUUGUCGGAGUACAAGCUGGAUCGGGGUCACAGAAUUUCACGUUGGAGAGCAACGGAACAGGUUCGGCUGUAAAAUUCUCCAUGCCAUUCAAUGCAGCUCCUGAUGAUAAUACAAUCACUUUCCUUAGCUACACUACAUCCAAAACAAAAGAUGGGGACUUCUGUGGUCCAGUCAUAGAUGAUGUAUUUUUGCGUGCUUCUCAUGGGCUCAGAAUUUUAAUGCCCUGGAAGACCUUGAUUCCUCUGCGUUUGAUUACAAUUCUCUUUUUGCUCUGA